CCUCCUUUUUUAGUCCCACACUACAACACUCCACUCAUCAUAGCUGCUUCCUUGUUAUCCCCCUCCUCUGAACAAAGCAAAAUGGCUUCUCUUCUCUUCAAAGACAUGAAGAGAAAGAGCUUCUCCUGUGCAUCACCUGCCGCCGCCGCUAUUUGCACGAGCAUCGAUCGAAAGUCCAUCUUUCUCCCUACAACUCGAAGCACGCCUCAUCAUCAAAGAGAUUUGCAGAAACAAAAGUCUUAUUAUCCCUCCUCCAAUAACAAACCUAAAAGCCAAAACCUCAGCUGCAGCAAGAAUCAGUCAGAAAAGCUCAUUGAUCUCAUAAGCCCCGUCGAUUCGUCUCGCCACCUACUUAGCUCUUCGCGGUACCUAUCGGACGACUCGGCCUUUAUUGAUAUAUUUCCUCAUGACUCCACUCCUGUGAGUACUUUAAUACCGAUUGAUUCGUCAAAGUUUCGAGCAAAAAGAGAGGAUGACAAAGUUAUUUUGAGAUCAUCUUCUACAAGAUCUCAAGACCAGGUUGUGGCAUUGAGGGUCUCCAUACAUUGCAAGGGCUGCGCAGGAAAGGUGAGGAAGCAUAUAUCCAAGAUGGAAGGGGUUACAUCCUUCGACAUAGACUUGGCAACGAAAAAGGUGACGGUGGCCGGAGAAGUCACGCCUUUGGGUGUUCUCAACAGCGUCUCGAAAGUAAAGCACGCGCAGUUCUGGCAAUCGCCACCGCGGGCCUCAGCUUCAUUCUAAUCAUAGUUGCGCCUCUUAAGCACCAUAAACUGUCACAUAGAUAAGAAAAAAAAAAGAAGUGAUGUUUUCUGCAAGUGAACUCUAGCUGAUCUACUUAGAAGGGCUUGAUCUUAGGAUGUCUUAAUAGAUAUGUCCUCUUUUUGAAUAUUUACUUGCUCUUUUAUGCAUGAUAUAAUCUCCAUCUGUAAGUGAAUGUAUAUCUUGUGGUAUAUUAGUAACAUCAAGCAGAAAGCGGUAAGCGGUAUGUAACAGCCAA